AGCUGGGCCCAAGAGCCAUGGGGCCGUCCCGAUGAAGGGCCGAAAGCGGGAUCGCUCGAAGACGCCCGAGGUGGCCUGGGAGCUGCUGCCGAGCAACCCCACGCUGCCGGAGAAGGGCGCGGAGAAAGGUCCCUCGCGCUCGCGCUCGGUGGGUGCCUCCGACCGAGUGGCGCUCGAGUCGAGUCACAAGAAGAUCCCCAACGGCGCGCGGCCGGGGCCCGACCCCGCGGUGGCGGCCGCCCACGCCGCGGAAGCGGAGAGAGAGGCCUGGCGGCGGCUGGUGAUCGUCUUGGCCCAGGUGAAGGGGGACCGCAAAGUGGAGGCGCUGCUCAAGGAGAAGCACCCGGAGCUGCUCACCAUCGCAGAUAGAUGCGGAGCCUCCGGCAAGGUGGCUUUGACCCUGACGGCCGCCAAAGACUCUGCGCGGGAGUGGUUCGCUCGUGGCCUGAGGGGCGGCAAUCAGCACGGCCCCGCCGCGCGCGCGAAGCUUUGCAAAGUGCUGGCGGCGCAGCUGCAAGAGCACGCGGCCACGCUCUGCACUUCGACGCCUGCGCAGCUGCAGCAGGUCUUGGAUCGCGGCAGGGCAGAGGAGGAAGGGCCGCUCAUUUGCUCGCUCAUGGCCCGAGAGUUGCGGGGCAGCCGCUACGAGGGCCUGUGGAUCUCCAGGAAGGCGCCGGGGCAUUAUUAUCUGGGGGACGAGCACGAGGGCGCCCACCUCCCGUCCACCGACAAGGAUGGCGAUCCGAUCCAUCCGCGCGUGCACGCGGUGGUGAAGAUGGUGAAUGACCAACUGGUCAUCAGUGGCUUCUUCCUGGACCCGGAGGAUGACACCAUGAGCCCGGCCAAGGUGCCGAUCGGGCCGUUUCUCAGCGUGUACUUCGAGGGCAUGUCUGUCCGCGAGGCCUCCGCCGCCUGGAAGAAUGGGCCGCCCCGGCGGGCGACCCGCCCCGCGCCAGGCGGCACGGCGCUGGACCCGAAGUUGCGGGAGCUGCAGGCUGGCUUGCCAGCUGGCUGGGAGG